GUACUUUUAACUCACUGUCCUCAUGGGGCUACUCGACUGUAAUGACGUGUAACGGGAGCUUUUGAUAUCGAUAUAAAUACAGCACAUGGGAGUGUCAGGACCUACGCUAUCGAUGUUGAUACUUGAUAGGGGAAAUUUGUUUCAGCUGCUGCAAUCCAGUUCGCAGUCACAUCGGAUGACUGAAACGAAGAAGGCUCUUUCGCACUUAAAAAAUAGUGCCUGCAUACCUGCAAAUCAGGUACUGGCAUUGUGACAAACGAAGUGAAACCUGUGAAACACCAAAGAACUGCAAGGGCUGCAUUUACCAGUCUGAAUGGCAGCCACCCUCAGGCCGUAUCUCACUGCCGUGAGACAUACUCUUACAGCUGCAAUGUGCCUAGACAAUUUUUCGUCGCAGGUUGUGGAGAGACAUAACAAACCAGAGGUGGAGGUGAGAACUAGUAAGGAGCUUCUUCUGACUCCAGUAAUUAUAAGCCGGAAUGAAAAAGAAAAGGUGCUUAUUGAGACAUCAAUCAAUUCAGUUCGUAUAAGUAUUGCUGUUAAGCAAGCUGAUGAGAUAGAGCGCAUAUUGUGUCACAAAUUCAUGAGAUUCAUGAUGAUGAGAGCAGAAAAUUUUAUUGUGCUAAGACGAAAACCAGUUGAAGGAUAUGAUAUAAGUUUUCUUAUCACCAAUUUUCACACAGAACAGAUGUAUAAGCAUAAGUUGGUUGAUUUUGUCAUACAUUUCAUGGAAGAAAUUGAUAAAGAAAUUAGUGAAAUGAAACUUGCAGUUAAUGCACGUGCACGAAUUUGUUCAGAAGAGUUCUUGAAGAGGUUUUAAUGGCGUUUACAUCUUACAGUAUUUGGCAGUUGAAUAGCAUUUCUUGUUGUUAGAUAACUUAUCUGAUGUAUGGGCUACAGCAACUAAGAUUGAUACGAAUUCUGCCAAGCCGUAUUCUCUUUUACUGCUUUCCUGCACUCUGUGUGUAGGUGAAAAGCAGUCAGUGAUUACGAUUAUGAACUUUACUGGCUAAGAAUGUGUUAUUAGGCUUUAUGUUUGCAGUUCUGACAUAAUAUGUAAGAAGGUGCUGUUUGCUGUGAUUCAUGUAAGGAAAUUCGCCUUGCAUGCAAAUAUAUUACCCAGAAUCAUAGUGAAAUUUCAUGCAAAGACUGUUGUUUCAUAGCUCAUUUGUUUUAGAAUUUUAAAAAUUGUAAGAAAAAUGGUUUUGUUAGUUCUGAUUUUGUUGCGAGAAAGCAACAGUGUAUGAGACAUUUGCAUUUGUAGAAUAUUUUGUUUUAUGUAAUAUAAAUUAUGAUCCACAAAAUUGCAUGACCUAUUUUUUGUUAUAAACAUUGUUUACUUAUUAACACUGUUUAGUUUAUAUACUUCUAUAUUAAGGAGAGUACAGUUCGUUCCUAGAAGUCUCAUGUCAUACACUUACCACAUUUUUGUAUGAAAUAAUUAAAAGUGGUUUUAUUGUAGAAAUGUGAUACAAUUUUCGUUUUUCUGUGAAACCAUUUCUAAAUAACGUUAUCUGACACGAGAAGUAUGUAACUAAAAUAGCCCAAGGCACCAACACUAAAUUUUUGUUAUACUGUAGAUUCUCAAUUGAACUUUUCAGUGUUUUUUAUUUAAUUACAUGCCAGUCCUAUUUUUAAGUGUACUCCCCGGAAUUGAUUGAAAAUUGAAGUGUUGGUACAAAAGUAACUUACAUUACACCAGCAGCUGCUACGUGCAAUUUAAUUUGAAGUCUGUUAGAAGGAAUGUUUCAUACUGUUCCAUUGGUGCUUAGAUCAGUUACUGUUAUCGUUAAAGGAUUAAAAAUGAAGGAAAUUUUUGUGCUGUUGUUAUAAAUUAUGUAAACUGAGCUUCUAAAAGUUAGCGUGUGUUACAGAAUAAUUUUGAGACAGAAGGCAAUCACAUAACUUUGUUGGUCACUUCAGCAUAUCAAUUUUGUGUGAUACAACAUUUUUUUUUAAAAAUCAUCCGGAUAAAGCACCAGUUGUGAAUGUCAAACUUUACUGCUUGAUGAAAUACAAUCUUGUAAAAUGUUA